ACAGGGCGGAGUGCGGGUCCCGCAGCGGCGGCGGCAGCGCAGCCCGCGCCUCCCCCACCGCGCCGCUCAUUGUUCCGCCCGCUCCAGGCACCAUGGACGAGCUGGACCAGUCGCCCCUGGUCUCCUCCUCCUCCUCCGGGCCAGCCCGGCCGCAGCAGCCACAGUUUAACUACCAGUUUGUGCUCGACGACGAGAAGGAGGAGGAGGAAGAAGAGGAGGAGGAGGAAGACGAGGACGAAGACUUCGACGAGCAGCUGGAGGUGAUGGAGAGGAAGCCCGUCGCGGCUCCCGCCGCAGCCCCGCAGGAGCGGCCGCCGCAGCUGCUGGACCUCGGCGGUCCCGCCGAGCCGCCCCGCCCCGCAGCCCCGGAGCCGCCGCAGCCCGACUGGAGCCCCCGGGGAGCCGUGUCCUCUUCUUCCUCCUCCGCCACCACGCCGUCCCCCGCGCAGGAGCAGCCCCCGGCCCCCGCCCGGCCCCUGCCCAAGCCCGAGCCCGCGCCCGCCGCCGCCCCCCGCAGAAGAGGGUCCUCGUCCGGCUCGGCUGAUGAGACCCUUUUUGCUCUUCCUGCUACACCUGCGCCUCUGAUGCCCUCCUCUGCAGACAAGGGUGUGGACUUGCAGGAGCAGCCAGGUAGCACUAAGGCGCUUGGGCAAGAGGAUUUCACUGCAGUCCCGCUUGGUCCUGCUCCUUCUCUCCCCUCCUUCUCUCCUCUCUCAGCUGAGCCCUUUAAAGAGCACACAGCCUUUGGUACACUCUCAGAUGGAUUACCUGCAAGAGGCAUUUACCAGGAAAGUGCAAGUGAGGUUUAUAAGGAGACAAUGAAAAAUGCCAGAAAUCCCUUCCUUGCAGAGGGAAAUGACAAAGACAUUUCAGAGAUGAAACACUCAGAACCCCCAUUUGCUAAAGCAGAAGCAGCCAUUUUCUCUCCUGCUAAAGAAGAAACACAGCUAGAGGGCCCUAAAGAAUUACCUAACCUGGAGAAAAUGCCUGCACAGCCUCUGAAAAUGUCUCCAGAAACUCCCCAAGACUUGUUUGAGAGAAAGGAGGAAGAUCUGUUCUAUAGCAGAGACAUGUCCGGGGCUGGUGAUCACCGUGAGAAAGGGGUGCUGAAGGAAGACCCUCUCAAGAGGGAAGAAUAUGCAGAUUUCAAACCAUUUGAGCCAAUAUGGGAAGUAAAAGGUGCUAGUCAUGGACUGAGCAGCAUGAGGGAGGAUGUUGGAAGUAAGAUAGAUGCCAAACCGCAGAGCAGUUUGGAUGAGAAAUAUGGCGUGGGGAAGCUGAAUGUGCAGAAGGAUUACGAAAGAGAGAGCGAGGGCAGUGCUGAGGAGCCCUCUUUCCCAAGUACCCCAGAAGCUGUAAAAGAACCUUCGCAGACUUACAUCACUUGUACUAAAUUUGACUCCUCUCCGAGUCCUGAUGGUAACAAAGGCAAGUCUCUGUCUCCACUGGAGGAAGUCACUUCAGAAAAUAGAACCGAUGACGAGAAAAAAAUCGCCGAGCUGAAGGCUCAGACGAGCCCAGAGCCAGGUAAUUUUAGCGCUGGAGCAGUUGGCAGGCGGGAAGGGCAGGGGGCUGACUCUGCCAAGGCAGAGAGCGGGGCAGCAGUGCCCCCUGAGGCUGCAGCCAACAUGCCCGAGGGGCUCACCCCUGACCUGGUGCAGGAGGCCUACGAGAGCGAGCUGCACGAUGCAGCGGGGACAAAGCUGGCUUACGAGCCCAAGAUUGACUUGGUUCAGACCUCCGAGUCGGCACAGGAGAGCUUGAAACCCGUGGCACAGAUCUGCCCCUCCUUCGAAGGGGUGGAAGCUGCUCCCUCUCCCAUAUUGCCAGACAUUGUUAUGGAGGCCCCGCUGGGCACUGGGGCUGCCGGGGCAGAGGCGUCUGCUGUGCAGCUGGAAGCUUCCCCCUUAGACACCUUCAGUCCCGCUGCGAAGUACGAGAACGUCAAAGCAGAGGCUGAGAAGCCUCCCGUGUACCAAGAGGCAGGGAAUGUACCUCUGACACAGCCCCAGGAAGCUAAAGAGGCAUUAACAUUUAAACAACCUGCUCCCGAGAGCAGCACCGCUCCGGAAGAUCUGGAGACUCCUUAUAUAUCCAUUGCGUGUGACUUGAUCAAGGGAACAAAGGUCCCUGGUGAAGCUGCUGCUCCGUCCUUUCCAGAGUACUCCAAGGCACCGAUAGCAGAACACAUUCCUCAGGAUGUGCCUGAACACAAGGAGCUGGAGGGAAAACUGUCCCCCCAGUUUGGCAAAUCCGAGCUGUUUAGUAGCCAGGCAAUAGCUGACUUUGCUGAGGAAGCCAGUGAGGAUCCAGCUCUCCUGAGAACAAGCGGAUCCACUGAGAGCAUUGCAAGUGAGGAUGAACACGAGGAAGCACUGGGGGGUUCAGCAGCUGCUGCGGGCAAGCCUUACCUGGAGUCAUUCCAACCCCAGCUGGACUCUUCCAAAACUGUUGCUGCUCUGCCAUCUGAGCCAAUACCUGCAAAACCAGCCAAGGCAGAGAAGAUUGCUCUUCAGAUGGAAGAGCUGGAUGCUUUGGCAUAUUCAGCUGAUGUGUCUGUUGCUAUGGAACCAAAAACAGGAGAUGACAAAGCUCUCUCACCCAUGGACUCUUCCCCGGUCUCGGUGGAAGAUGACUUUGUGAUGUUGGCUCAUCCUAAAACCUCUCCUGAAUUCAUGACAGAAGCCACUGACAGAGAAGGGAUGCACAGAGAUGAAGAGAUCAGUAAGGUGACCCAAGGUGAGAAGAGGCAGUUGCCUUGCCCAGAGCUGCCCUGUGACCUGUCUGUGAAGAAUGUAGAAGUAAAAGCCAAGGAAGAUACCAAUGCCUUGAAAAAGUCCUUGGAGGCUGUGGACAGAGAAGUGCCUGAAGUACCCACGAUGUCCUUACCGGCCACAGAUACCUCACCUUUACCUGCUGACAAAGAGAUAGGCAGUGUAGGAAAACCAGGAGCUGUUGAGAAGGAAGCUGAGAAAGAACCUGCUUCUGUUAAAGAAAAGAAAAAACCUACUGCUGUAUUUUCAGCCAAGCUGACUAAAUCUUCAGUUGUUGACCUGCUUUACUGGCGAGACAUCAAGAAGACGGGAGUGGUGUUCGGUGCCAGCCUGUUCCUGCUGCUCUCAUUAACAGUGUUCAGCAUCGUCAGCGUCACAGCCUACAUUGCCCUGGCCCUGCUCUCCGUCACCAUCAGCUUUAGGAUAUACAAGGGAGUCAUCCAGGCCAUCCAGAAGUCUGAUGAAGGCCACCCCUUCAGGGCCUACCUGGACUGUGACGUGGCCGUGUCCGAGGAGCUCAUCCAGAAGUACAGCAACGUCGUGCUGGGCCACGUCAACGGCACCGUGCGCGAGCUCCGGCGCCUCUUCCUCGUCGAUGACCUGGUGGAUUCCCUGAAGUUUGCGGUGUUGAUGUGGGUGUUCACUUAUGUCGGUGCCUUGUUCAAUGGUCUGACAUUGCUGAUCCUGGCUUUGAUUUCGCUCUUCAGUGUUCCUGUUAUUUAUGAGAGACAUCAGGCCCAAAUCGACCAUUACUUGGGACUCGUGAACAAGAAUGUCAAAGAUGCCAUGGCAAAGAUCCAAGCAAAGAUCCCUGGGUUGAAGCGCAAAACUGAAUAAAAAAGCCCGAAGCAACUUAUCAAUAGGAAGUUCAUCUUUUAAGGGGGAAAAAAAAUACUCAUUGGAUUUCCACGGGGAGGGUCAGGGAAUAGCAAACCCCUUGACAUUGCAGUGCAAUUUCACAGAUCUUUAUUUUUUAGCGACGCAGUGUUUGAGGAAAAAAAAAAAAAUAACUGUUUUGACUGCCAUGUGUUUCAUCAUGUUAAGUAUUGUAAGCUGCUAUGUAUGGAUCUAAACUAAUCAUCUUUCCUUCCCCUGUGCAGCUCUGCUCAUACCACGACUGAGAGCUGUACAUGCUUCACCCAGGUAGUUGUGCUGCGGCCGGAGGGGAGAGCAGGGGGGGCAGAGGAGAACAAACACUUUCCAGUCUGUGCACUGUGUAUGGUCUGUGUAGAUUGAUGCAGAUUUUCUAAAAUGAGAUGUUUUAGGAGAAUAUACCAGUUUAGCAAGUUUUGAAAAAUCUUGCCUUUUUGGUAUGAGUAUAGCUGUAUUGUGAUUUUAUUGUUUUAUCAAUUGCCAAUAUAUAUAUAUAUGUGUUUCACAAAGCUUAGAUCUUUCAGCUGCUCCACAGUGCUUUGUACUUCAGAGAACUGGCUGAGGCCUGGGCGAGCUCCAAGCUCGAGCCUGACAAACUCAAAGGUCUUCUGUAAACACUGGCAUCUGUUGGAAACAACAGCAGAGACCCGAACAAAGAACCUGCACAUAGAGUAACAGAGAAUUCCAGCUACACACUUUGUUGCACAAAUGUACAGUAGUUGAUCUUGAGCAAAUAAUUCUCCAGCUCUCAGGCUCUGAUAAUCUGUGGACCGAGUAUCUAAUGCUGCAAAUGUUGUUUGGAAACUUUUAAGCCCUGUCCUGUUAUGCAAGAAAUGAGAAGUGAACAUUUAUACACUUGCAGUUUGAGCUGUACUGAACUAAGUCUGUGGAAUGCAUUGUGAGAUGUAAAAAAACAACAAAACCGCAAAAAACCCCAACCCCAGAACCCCGAGUCUCAAUAAAGCUUCUAGACA